UUCAGAGCGACGAGCAACAAUGGGUCAAAGUCAGAGCGGAGGACAUGGACCAGGAGGAGGUAAAAAGGAUGACAAGGAUAAGAAAAAGAAGUAUGAACCUCCAAUCCCCACCAGAGUUGGUAAGAAAAAGAAGAAGACUAAGGGACCAGAUGCUGCCAGCAAACUACCUCUGGUCACCCCUCACACCCAGUGCCGCCUGAAGCUCCUCAAGCAGGAAAGGAUUAAAGACUACCUAUUGAUGGAGGAGGAAUUCAUCAGAAACCAGGAGCAAAUGAAACCUCUGGAGGAGAAGCAAGAGGAGGAGAGGUCAAAGGUUGAUGACCUGCGGGGAACCCCUAUGUCUGUCGGUACUCUGGAGGAAAUCAUAGAUGACAACCAUGCCAUUGUUUCCACCUCAGUGGGAUCAGAGCACUAUGUGAGCAUCCUGUCCUUUGUGGACAAGGAUCUUUUGGAGCCAGGCUGUUCUGUUCUGCUCAACCAUAAGGUUCAUGCUGUCAUCGGUGUGCUGAUGGAUGAUACGGAUCCCCUGGUGACGGUGAUGAAGGUGGAGAAGGCCCCACAGGAAACGUAUGCUGACAUUGGAGGAUUGGACAAUCAGAUCCAAGAGAUCAAAGAGUCAGUGGAGCUGCCUCUCACACAUCCAGAGUAUUAUGAGGAGAUGGGCAUCAAACCUCCAAAAGGCGUCAUUCUGUAUGGACCACCUGGCACAGGUAAGACACUGCUCGCCAAGGCUGUAGCCAAUCAGACAUCAGCCACUUUCCUGCGUGUCGUGGGGUCAGAGCUGAUCCAGAAAUACCUGGGAGACGGACCGAAGCUGGUCAGAGAGCUCUUUAGGGUGGCAGAGGAACAUGCACCCUCCAUAGUGUUCAUUGAUGAGAUUGAUGCCAUCGGCACAAAGAGGUACGACUCAAACUCAGGUGGUGAGAGGGAGAUCCAGAGGACUAUGCUGGAGCUGCUCAACCAGCUGGAUGGCUUCGACUCACGGGGGGAUGUCAAAGUUAUCAUGGCCACCAACCGGAUAGAGACCCUUGACCCAGCCCUCAUCAGACCUGGGAGGAUUGACCGUAAGAUUGAGUUUCCACUACCAGAUGAAAAAACCAAAAGAAGGAUCUUCCAGAUCCAUACAAGCCGUAUGACAGUAGCAGAUGACGUCACCCUGGACGACCUGAUCCUGGCCAAGGACGACCUAUCAGGAGCAGACAUUAAGGCUAUCUGCACAGAGGCAGGCCUCAUGGCUUUACGAGAGCGCCGCAUGAAGGUCACCAACGAGGACUUCAAGAAGUCAAAGGAAAACGUCCUGUACAAGAAGCAGGAGGGCACACCGGAGGGGCUCUACCUUUAACUUUUCUGUUUCCUGUUGCUCCCCCCUCCCCUUUAUCUAUCUAUUCUCACUGCGUGAAAGGAGGAGGCAGCAGCUGAGUCGGCUGUCUUCACAGAGAGAGUUUUGUUAUAUUUUGUGCACGUCAUGUCUGGCUUAUCCUGCUCUCUUGUUACUGUUAUGUGUUAAAAUAAACAAAACCACAAAAGAUG